AUCAGGUAGCAGGUAAGGCGAGCAGCCAAUCACGUUGAAGACACCAUCCCGCAUGCUGGUAUAUAAGCGUCAGUCCUCCAUCAGCUUCUUCAGUUAUCCUUCGAUCCUCGAACAGCAAUCAUGUUGACCAACAACGAAACGAUGGAGCAAUUCUACUACCACGAAGAUGCCGCAGUUCUGCCACAAUUCCUGGACAACAUUCAGGGCAACGAUGCCUUUCAGCAACUGGAGCAGCUAAUAUACCAACAGGACUUUACCUGCAACGCCGACAGCCUCUCCGAGGGCACCAGCAGCUGCUCCAUGGAGCAGUUGUACUACGACACGCCGGCUGUCCUGGAACUGGAGCACAUGCUGAGCGCCCAGGAGCAGCAACAGACCUUCUCCAACUCCCUGGGAAAGAGCCAGGCCAGAAGCACGAAAUACUGGAACAAGCAACACCGCAGCAAACCCUACGACAAGCUAUCCAUCUCCUCCGCCUCCUCAUCGUCCUCCAGCUCGAGCUCCGGAUGCGGCGACAACGUCCUGCGAAAGCGUCGUCUGGCGGCCAACGCCCGGGAGAGAAGGCGAAUGAACAGCCUGAACGACGCCUUCGACAAGCUGCGGGAUGUGGUGCCGUCUCUGGGCCACGACCGGCGGCUUUCCAAGUACGAGACCCUGCAAAUGGCACAGGCCUACAUCGGCGACCUGGUCACCCUGCUCUCCAGAGACUACUGAUCGGGAAGGCUCAGGAUCAUCCUCGUUCCUUUCCAGCAACACCAUCGACCUAGUGGAAAACUUAUAAAGGCUGUUAGUUUUAAGUUAUUAUCGUAGUUUUA